CAAAGAGGAAAAGGCAUGAAAUAACUUUUAUUACUUAUCAACUUGCAAAACUCGGGAUGAUGUUCAAAGUUUUGAGUUCAAUCACUUCACAAAAACGCGUCUAUCCAGUGUUACGGCAAACAUACGCGACACUGGCAAAAAUGAAGAAGGAAAAGAAAACAGCUGCGGCCGGAGGCGGUGAUAAAUCCGCAAGUGUCAGCGAAUUAAAGCCCUGGCCUCAGUUCAUUCAAGACCGGCUUGUGCUUUGGGACAAACUCAAAGCACAGUAUGAUGAAGAGUUGGCUAACAAGCCACAGAAUCCCAUUCAGGUGACACUACCUGAUGGAAAGGUGAUUGAUGCCACUUCAUGGAAGUCUACACCUUACGAUAUUGCUAAGGGUAUUAGCCAAGGUUUAGCUGAUAAUGCAGUAAUUUCUAAAGUAAAUGGCGUACUCUGGGACUUGGAUCGUCCGUUAGAAGAUAGUUGCAAGUUAGAAUUGCUUAAAUUUGAUGAUUCUGAAGCCCAGGCCGUAUUUUGGCACUCAUCUGCUCAUGUAAUGGGCGAAGCUAUGGAGCGCAUUUAUGGCGGCCAUCUUUGCUAUGGCCCCCCGAUUGACUCGGGCUUUUACUACGAUAUGUUCCUUGAAGAUAGGAGUGUAAUGCACAGCGACUAUCCUUGCAUGGAACAUGUAAUCAAGGGAAUCGUCAAAGAGAAACAGAAUUUCGAACGUCUUGAAAUGAAGAAAGAAGAUUUACUUGAAAUGUUCAAGUAUAAUCAGUUCAAAGUGCGCAUUUUGAACGAGAAGGUGACAACACCAACCACAACUGUUUACCGUUGUGGACCACUGAUCGAUUUAUGUCGCGGCCCACACGUGAGGCACACAGGAAAAAUCAAGGCAAUUAAAAUUACCAAAAGUUCUGCUUCCUAUUGGGAAGGCAGAGCUGAAGCUGAGAGCUUACAGAGGGUUUACGGUAUUAGUUUUCCCGAUAACAAGCAGCUUAAAGAGUGGGAGAAAUUCCAGGAGGAAGCUGCCAAGCGCGAUCAUCGAAAAAUUGGCAAAGAUCAGGAACUGUUCUUCUUCCAUGAACUGUCACCAGGAUCUUGCUUUUUCCAACCGCGUGGCGCGCACAUUUACAAUACACUGAUUUCGUUUAUUAAAAAGGAAUACCGAAAACGCGGUUUUCAAGAAGUAGUUUCACCGAAUGUCUAUAACGCGAAGUUGUGGCAAACGUCCGGUCACUGGGCACAUUAUGCUGAAAACAUGUUUCAAUUCGACGUUGAAAAGGACACGUUUGCAUUGAAACCUAUGAAUUGCCCAGGGCAUUGCUUGAUUUUCGACAACCGUACACGCUCAUGGCGUGAGUUACCGCUUCGUUUAGCUGAUUUCGGUGUUUUGCACCGUAAUGAACUUUCUGGAGCUCUCACCGGUUUGACAAGAGUCAGGCGUUUCCAACAGGAUGAUGCUCAUAUUUUCUGCGCGGUUGAGCAAAUUCGAUCGGAAAUCAAAGGGGCAUUGGACUUCUUAAGACAUGUUUAUGGUAUUUUCGGCUUUACGUUUAACCUGGUAUUGUCUACAAGGCCAGAAAAGUAUUUGGGAGAGUUGGAAGUUUGGAAUGAAGCUGAGAAAGCUUUGGAGGAUUCCUUAAACGAAUUCGGUGAUCCAUGGAAACUCAACCCUGGUGAUGGAGCUUUCUAUGGUCCUAAAAUUGAUAUUACUAUCAUGGAUGCACUGAAGAGGUCGCAUCAAUGUGCUACGAUCCAGUUGGAUUUCCAAUUACCGAUUAGAUUCAAUUUGACGUAUGUUAGUGAAUCUGGUGAUAAGAAACGUCCUGUGAUUAUCCACCGCGCUAUUUUGGGCUCUGUUGAACGCAUGAUAGCCAUCUUGACAGAAUCUUACGCAGGCAAAUGGCCGUUUUGGCUUUCACCACGCCAAGCAAUGGUAAUCCCAGUAGGUCCUACCUAUGAUUCUUACGCUCAAGAAGUCAAACAGUUGAUUUAUGAAGCGGGUUUCAUGUGUGAAGUCGACACAGAUGCCGGUGAUACCAUGAAUAAGAAGAUUCGUAAUGCACAAUUGGCACAGUUCAAUUUCAUUUUGGUUGUGGGCGAAAAGGAGAAAUCAAGCAAAACUGUGAAUGUUCGCACACGCGAUAAUAUUGUUCAUGGCGAAUGUUCCAUCGACGACUUGAUUAAGAAGUUCGAUAACUACAAGGAGAACUACAUCAAGACCGAAGAUCAAUUCUAAAUGAAUUCUAUACCGCUUGCUCGGAGGUUUCGAAGUUUUCGAAUAUAAUAAAAUUUUAAACUUAUAACGUACACGUGCACUUUGAUAUUUGGUUUGAAAUUUUGAAUAUUUGAGAGAAAGACAGAGGCCAUUCCCAGUUGCAUUGAUAACUUAAGUUAUUUAUUGUUGCAUUUUUUGCUUUAACAUAUAAAUUACUUUGUAUUUGGUAGGGCAAUUGUCUAGUAAAAAAUAAAACGUUUGAAAAACAUAAUAACAA